GUGCCCCCCAUGGUCCAGCGGGGUUCGGGAUGUCGAAGACGCUGAAGAAAAAGAAGCACUGGCUGAGCAAGGUGCAGGAGUGCGCCCUGUCCUGGGCUGGGCCCCCGGGGGACUUCAGCGCCGAGAUCCGCGGAGGUGCAGAGCGCGGCGAGUUCCCUUACCUGGGUCGGCUCCGCGACGAGCCUGGCGGGGGCACCUGCUGCGUGGUCUCCGGCAAGGCGCCCAGCCCCGGGGAUGUUCUGCUGGAGGUGAACGGGACGCCUGUCAGCGGGCUUACCAACCGGGACACCUUGGCUGUCAUCCGCCACUUCCGAGAGCCCAUCCGCCUCAAGACUGUGAAACCAGGCAAAGUCAUCAAUAAAGAUUUGCGCCACUAUCUGAGUCUUCAGUUUCAAAAGGGCUCAAUUGAUCACAAACUCCAGCAGGUGAUCAGAGAUAAUCUCUACUUGAGAACCAUCCCAUGCACUACAAGAGCCCCCAGGGAUGGAGAAGUUCCAGGAGUAGACUAUAAUUUCAUUUCUGUUGAGCAGUUCAGAGCACUAGAAGAGAGUGGAGCAUUGUUGGAAAGUGGAACAUAUGAUGGAAAUUUCUAUGGAACCCCCAAGCCUCCAGCAGAACCUAGUCCUUUCCAGCCAGAUCCAGUUGAUCAGGUCCUAUUCGAUAAUGAUUUUGACACAGAAUCUCAACGAAAAAGAACCACAUCAGUCAGCAAAAUGCAAAGAAUGGACAGCUCUCUUCCUGAGGAGGAAGAGGAGGAAGACAAGGAGGCAGUUAAUGGAAGUGGAAAUACAGAAAACAAAGAGAGACAUUCAGAGUCUUCUGACUGGAUGAAGACAGUUCCCAGUUACAACCAAACAAACAGCUCCAUGGACUUUAGAAAUUACAUGGCAAGAGAUGAGAACCUGGAACCUUUGCCUAAGAACUGGGAAAUGGCCUACACUGACACAGGGAUGAUCUACUUCAUUGACCACAACACUAAGACAACUACCUGGCUAGAUCCCCGCCUCUGUAAGAAAGCAAAGGCUCCAGAAGACUGCGAAGAUGGAGAACUUCCCUAUGGCUGGGAGAAAAUAGAAGAUCCUCAGUAUGGGACAUACUACGUUGAUCACAUUAACCAGAAAACCCAGUUUGAAAAUCCAGUGGUGGAAGCCAAGAGGAAAAAGCAACUAGGACAGACUGAUGUUGGUUCCUCAAAGCAAGAUGUAGAGAAGUCAGUCUUCACUCGAGAUCCUUCCCAGCUGAAAGGUAUACUCAUACGAGCAUCUUUGAAAAAAAGUACCAUGGGAUUUGGUUUUACCAUCAUUGGGGGAGAUCGACCUGAUGAAUUUCUUCAAGUGAAGAAUGUACUCAAAGAUGGCCCAGCUGCUCAAGAUGGAAAAAUUGCACCAGGUGAUGUAAUUGUAGACAUAAAUGGCAACUGUGUCCUUGGCCACACCCAUGCAGAUGUUGUCCAGAUGUUUCAAUUGGUCCCUGUCAACCAGUAUGUGAACCUGACUUUGUGUCGUGGCUAUCUUCUUCCUGAUGAUAAUGAAGAUCCUGUUGUCGAUGUUGUUACAGCUACACCCAUCAUCAAUGGACAGCCUGUAACCAAGGGAGAGACUUGCAUAAGCAGUCAGGAUUUUAAAUCAGGGACAGUGGUCUUGGACCAGAAUGGGAAACCAGGUCACAUUUUGGUCAAUGAUCGUCUCAAUGGCCCUUCUUUGGACCCAAAUGAGCAAAGGGCAUCCAUGGCAUCAUCAGGCAGCUCUCAACCAGAGCUAGUGACUAUCCCUCUGAUUAAGGGGCCUAAAGGUUUUGGGUUUGCAAUAGCUGAUAGCCCAACUGGGCAGAAGGUGAAGAUGAUACUGGACAGCCAGUGGUGUCAUGGUCUUCAAAAAGGAGAUAUUAUUAAAGAGAUUUACCACCAAAAUGUACAGAACUUAACACACCUCCAGGUAGUAGAAGUGCUAAAGCAAUUUCCAGUAGGCACAGAUGUGCCAUUGCUCAUCUUGAGAGGAGGUCCUCCUUCACCAGCUAAAACUACCAAAGUGAAGACGGAUAAACAGGAGAAUUCAGGAAGCUUGGAGGCCGUCAAUGAGUCUAUUCCUCAGCCGAUGCCUUUUCCACCCAGCAUUAUCAGGUCAGGAUCCCCCAAAUUAGAUCCUUCCGAGGUCUACCUGAAGUCCAAGACGAUAUAUGAAGAUAAACCUCCAAACACCAAGGAUUUGGAUGUUUUCCUUCGAAAACAGGAAUCAGGCUUUGGCUUUAGGGUCCUAGGAGGGGAUGGACCUGAUCAAUCUAUAUACAUUGGAGCUAUCAUUCCCCUGGGAGCCGCUGAGAAAGAUGGUCGACUUCGUGCUGCUGACGAACUCAUGUGCAUUGAUGGGAUUCCUGUUAAAGGAAAAUCACACAAACAAGUUUUGGAUUUGAUGACAACUGCUGCUCGAAACGGCCAUGUAUUGCUUACUGUUAGAAGAAAGAUCUUCUAUGGUGAGAAGCAACCUGAAGAGGAUGAUUCGCAGACCUUCAUUUCAACACAGAAUGGAUCUCCCCGACUGAACCGGGCAGAGGGGACAAGCCGACCUCCUCAGGAGCCCUAUGAUGUUGUCUUACAGCGCAAAGAAAAUGAAGGAUUUGGUUUUGUCAUCCUUACCUCCAAAAACAAACCACCUCCUGGAGUGAUUCCUCAUAAAAUUGGACGUGUCAUUGAAGGAAGUCCAGCAGAUCGCUGUGGGAAACUGAAAGUAGGGGAUCGGAUCUCUGCAGUAAAUGGAAAGUCCAUCAUUGAACUAUCCCAUGAUAAUAUUGUACAGCUCAUCAAAGAUGCUGGUGUCACUGUCACCCUGGCUGUCGUUGCUGAGGAGGAACAUCAUGGUCCACCAUCGGGAACUAACUCAGCCAGACAAAGUCCAGCACUCCAGCACAGACCCAUGGGACAGACACAAGCCAGUCAUAACUCAGGAGACCGAAGUGGUUUAGAAAGUGAAAUUGGGAAAGAUGUUUCCACGACUUAUCGGCUGUCUUGGUCUGACCACAAGCAUCUUGCCCAACCUGAUACAACCUUGAUUUCAGUUGUGGGUAGUCGGCACAAUCAGAACCUUGGUUGUUAUCCAGUGGAACUAGAAAGAGGCUCAAGGGGCUUUGGAUUCAGUCUUCGUGGGGGAAAGGAGUAUAACAUGGGAUUGUUCAUUCUUCGACUUGCUGAGGAUGGUCCUGCCAUCAAAGAUGGGAGAAUUCAUGUGGGGGACCAGAUCGUGGAAAUCAACGGGGAACCUACCCAAGGUAUUACCCACACGCGAGCAAUUGAGUUAAUCCAAGCCGGAGGAAAUAAAGUUCUUCUCCUUCUGAGGCCAGGAACUGGCUUGAUACCCGACCACGGUGAUUGGGAUAUUCUUAAUCCUUCAUCUUCAAGCAUAAUUUAUGAUGAACAGUCACCAUAUUUCCCAUCUUCACAUUCUACUUCCAUAUUUGAAAUUUCUCAUGUACCAGUAUCUGAAGAAGUUCAGAUAUGUGAAAAAGUAGAAGACUUAAAGGAUACUCUGCCAGUAAAGAAAUGCCCUAUAAAUGAAAACAGCUCUGAGAUAAAGCAUCAAUCUUCUGUCCAGAAAAAUGUGAAUAAAAAGGUUCUACCCAGGAGUCAAGGUCACAGUGAAAAGAAAAAUCUUCAGGAAGUUGAAAAUGGUGUUGUUGCAAGAAGAGGCAGAUCUGUCAGUCCUAAAAAAUCAGUUAAUAGACCUUCAGGAGAACAUGGAGAAAAAAUAGCUAGUCCUGUAAAGGGUGACCCAAAAAGAAGACCCAAAGAUCGGUCCUUGAGCCCCAGAAAAGGGGAAAAUAAAAAUUUACAAGUUGGCACCAAUGCAGGUUCUGGAAGAGAUAAUUCAAGAAAACCGAGGGGAAGAUCUGCUAGCCCCCAAAAGCAGCCAAAGAUGGAAGUAAUAGGAGACAAAAUAAACACUGAUGCCAGGUUGCAAGAGGGUCAGAGUAGACGAGCUGGUGAGAAUAAUGAAAUGUUCAAAAAUGACAAAGAAAAACCAGGUAUCUCCAGGAAAGACCCAAAGCAAAAUCAGUCUGGAAAAAAUGAGACAUGCUCGCCAGAGAAAAAAAGCCAAAAAAUGAAUGAAAAAUCUCUUCCAUCCAAAAGAGCCAGUGAGCCUGGCAGCAAAGUAGUCACUGAAAAUGAAAAGGGAAAGAAAGCAAUGUUGGGAGAAAUAAGUUGUAGCAAAUCCAAAACAGGACCGAGUUGCAAAAUGUCAAAAAAGCCACUGAAGUUAGAACCUGAAGAGACAGUUAUUCAAAACAAGACGGGAGAACACAAAGAAAAAGACCCAGAGAAAAUGGAGAGAAAGAAAGAUAGUGAUGGGUUAAAAACAGGAAGUAAUUCUCCAGUUAAGAAAGCCCCAAUAACACCUGGACCUUGGAAAGUGCCGAGUGCAAGCAGAGUCCCUGGUGUGGCUGAAAAACGUCUCUAACUUGUCUAAAGUUGAAAAAAAAAAUCUCUUUUCCUAUUUAAGAAAAAGGCAGCAUUUUUCAAAAAAGUGAGAAUAGACAUAAAUAACACAUUUUAAUUUGAUCACCACGUUAACUAAGCUGCAUGAAGGACUUCUAGGAUUGCUCAGAACCCGCCUCCCUCCAGCCCCACUUCCUUUCUCUCUCCCCCAGCUGAUGUCCCUGAUCUUCGGGAAGGCGGUAUUUGCUGCUCAUUUGCCAUUGCACUUCUAAGGCUUUCAGAUUGUAUUGUGAGUGUCUGAACAAAAUGGUGUCUGUAUUGCCAAUGUGACCAUCCCCAUUCCUUGUACUUGUGCCAAGUUAUCUACUGUAUCUUGUCUCUCUUAGCCUCCUCUGACAUUUCUGCAGCAAUGGAAAAGCAAGAUUUGGUUUGGAAGUUGAUGUUUUCAAUAGCAUGUUGCAUGUUCACAAGAAAGGAAUAUUUGCGUUCUUGCUGAUCAUCAAGGAGGAGGUUCUGUUCAUUCAUCAUUGAAAGGCGAUAAUGGCCUCUUCAGAAAGCCACUGACAGUCCCCCAGAUUGGUUUUUCCAACUAAAUAUUUGUUAAAUGAAGCCCCAAACCACCAUCACUUUUUUUUAAACCCUUACCUUCCAUCUUAGAGUCAAUACUACAUAUUGGUUCCAAGGCAGAAGAGUGUUAAAGGCUAGGCAAUGGGGGUCAAGUGACUUGCCCAGGGUCACACAACUGGGAAGUGUCCAGGCCAGAUUUGAACCUAGGACCUCCCCUCUCUGGGCCUGACUCUCAAUCCACUGAGUCACCUAGCUGUCCCCUCCACCAUCACUUUUAAAGGAAAAAUAUAUUGAUUUCAAACUAGUGUUUUAAUAACUCCUGCGAUACACUUUUUUUUGGUCUAACCAUUUAAGAUGCUUCCAGUAACUCCCUAACAACUGUAAAAAGAUGGUGUUGCCUGCAAUGUUUUAGUCCAAAGUCAUCAAGGAAGUACAUUAAGCAAUAAAAAGCUGACUUCCUGUUUUCUUCAACCUUGAAAAGUAGUUACAGUUACCUCAGGAUCACCUGCUCUUUUUCAUUCCCUUCUCGAUGGUAUUCUGAAGCACGCGAAAUAGACUUCCUGUAACCGAGUAAGGCAGCGUCCCGCCACGUCUGUUCCCGAAUGGUUGGUACUCGAAGUUGUGCUUUGCUGCGUACUAGAACUGAGAAAUCAAGAUGCUUUGCAGGCUUCCGCGGGGUUCCCCUCAGAUACCCACAUCGGCAUCCACGCGCAGACGCCCGGUUCACUUGAGUACACUGGGGUGAGGUCAUCGUUUGCAGAAACUGCAGGGGAGCCAUGGCCUCCUGGGAGCCCCCACAGAGGCCGUGCCCAGUGUGUCUGCUUGGACUUCGGAGGGACGUUUUCAGAUACCGACUUCUUCACUAGGAGACCCGCUCGGCUUGGGCGCGUUUUUUAAAAAUCUUAGUCCACGACACUAGCUCUUUUGGAAGGUAGGACUAGAUGCAGUUUUAAGUAUAAAAAGUAGCUCCAGGUUCUUUUUCAGGCCCCUGAAACAGCCUUCACUAGUAAAUAUAAAUUUUAAAAGAUACUUUCAGAAUCCAUCGUUUUCUUAGGGCACUUUACGUGUCCCGUAACAUCGCCCGCAGUCCGUCUUUGUUGCUACCAGAGACACCAUCCACAAAGCCUUUUUCUCUUAGUCUGACUGUGAAGCUUUACUAUUUUAAUAUUCCUGAAUGUAACCGCUGUAGAUAUGAAAUGUCUCCUUGAGUGAAAUUUUUUGGAUCUCUUUUUCAUGACGUUACAUGCACACGCUUCUCAUAACCCUUGAUUAUAGAUCAAAUUAGGAAAUGUGCUCUAGGCUAAGCUUUUAGUGCCACCAACGCGGUUUCUUUUUCCGUAGCCCGCAACUCUACAAUGACGAUUUCUUUUAUUGUUAACUGUGACAUACCUUGGAGGUCCUGUUGUCAGUCUGAUGUGGCCCUUCCUUUCCCGGAACCUGUCUCUGUACUUCAUGUCUCAUGACUUAGCCACAUGGCCUUGGAAUGCUAAGCAAAAAUGGAUGUGCUGGUUGUAAAUGUUUAUAUAUUGUACAGUACCUUUAUAUAUAAUUGAGGUCCUGAUUAGAGAGAGAGAAAUGUAAAUCGCUCGUUAUUUUUUAUAUAGAUAAUAUUAAAAAAAAGUUCAUGGUCUUUGGUUCUUAUUCUAUAAAA